GGCGAUGCACAGGACUGAGUUCCCUUCCAUUCAUUCUGCACAGGAACUGUGGCAAGCAGUAUGUGCAACAAUCCGGUACAGUCUGCGGAUUAACCCUUUCUGUGCAGGACAGAUCCGGCAUUGUUUUGAGGAGACGCUGCCUGAUUUCCCCGACUCCUCUCAGAAUUUGGUGACACUCCAAUGAUGCCUGAAGGUAGCACCCCAGCUCUCAGUCCUCAGGGGGUCCCAUACACAGAAUUGAGCCAUUACAUUAAUGCAGAUGGACAACACAUUUUCUCCAGAUACUGGAAGCCUUCAGGUUCACCAAGGGCUCUGAUGUUUAUUGUACAUGGUGCUGGGGAACACUGCUGCCGAUACGAUGACCUGGCACAGAUUCUAACUGCUCUGAACUUUCUGGUCUUUUCCCAUGACCAUGUUGGCCAUGGGCAGAGUGAGGGGGAGCGAAUGACCAUCCAUGAUUUCCAUAUCUUUGUAAGAGACAACAUACAACACUUGGACCUCAUGAAGAAACAAUACCCGGACCUGCCAAUUUUUAUGUGUGGACAUUCCAUGGGAGGAGCUAUUGCCAUCCUGACUGUUGAUGAGAGACCGGACGACUUUUCUGGAUUAAUCCUAAUAUCUCCCUUGGUGUUGCCAAGCCCACAAUCUGCGACAUCAUUCAAGGUUUUUGCAGCUAAACUGCUGAACUAUGUCCUCCCGAACCUUUCCUUGGGCAGUAUUGAUCCAAGCUUCGUAUCUCGCAAUAAGAAAGAGGUUGAGGCCUAUACCACAGACCCAUUGGUUUACCAUGGAGGAAUGAAGGUUUCCUUUGGUGUUCAGUUGCUAAAUGCCACAUCUCGGGUGGAGAAAGCCCUCCCGCUCUUUAAGGUUCCGGUCCUGCUGUUUCAUGGAACUUUGGACAAGUUGUGUGAUAUUCGUGGUUCCCACGUUAUGAUAGACACUAUACAAAGUGAGGAGAAGACAUUAAAGGUAUAUGAAGGAGCUUUCCAUGCUUUGCAUAAAGAGCUGCCAGAGGUCACCUCUUCUGUAUUCCAAGAGAUUGAGAGCUGGCUCCAGCAGAAAUUGGGGGGCACGGGAAGCAGCAACAUAGUGCAGCAAGCACCCAGCACAUAGGAUAAUCAGACUUCUCACAGAAGAUCCUCCACCCAAAACAUCUUCUCCUCAGUUCAACUCCUCCAAGUUCAUGGUCAGACGUCUAAAAAGUCACUCCAGAAAUGGUUUACUUUCCUUUUUAAGACACGUUCAUUUACUUCCAUGUUGAUAAAGCACAAAAUACAUUGACGCCUCAAGCGGGCAUCCCAACCGUUGUGAUACAUGAAUUAUGUAGGAGACCUUAUCUCUGGAAAUAUUUGAAUCUAGAGGAUUCGGGCAUUACAGUUCGUAGCAAUAAUAUGACACAAGGUUUCCAGCUUUUACAAGCGAAUGAAGAAUUCUUGCAUAUCCUCCUCCGUACCUGCUUCUCUGCUUUGGUUUGAAGCCUAGAACCUUGUGUGUGGUCCCAACGAAAAUAAAAUCCUCCAACCAAGGAGAGAUAAGCAAUACGUCACACGCCUCGGGAACUAACAAACUUGAUACAACAGCCAGAGAACUCAGCGUUGAUCCUCCGAAACAUCUUGGUGAAAAUGGUGAAAGGGGGGGGGGUUUGUUAAUAUAAUUCUUGUAAAGCUCAUCUCUAUAAUCCCUUGUAAAUAUCCCUUCUCCUUUUGGUUUUAAUAACUUUUAUUACAGACACAAUAUAUAUAUUAAAUUUAAUAUGUUAAUAUAUUAACAGCCUGAAUGGCAACAGGCAGAGGAAAUGUAGUUUUUUAAUGCAUAUUUCUUAAAAACCUUCAGAAAUGUUCAAUCUUGUGGCCUUUUUAGUAACCUUAAUCUAAUUUAGUAACCUUAGUGUGUGUUCAUCAAAGGUCUUGCCCGGUAAUGGAAACAAAUAUACUUUUCAUUAGUAAA